GUGAUGUGAUUGAUGGGCACUGCCGCUAAACGAUACGUCUCGCUGAUCGUUCUGUGGACGGCAUCCGAAGUAAGAAGUCUCCAAAUUCAGUAGGAGAAGGGUAAUUUUCUGUCAUUUUGCCUUGACUGAUUUUGGGUGCUUUCAUCUGAAAGAACUGAAUAGAAUGCGGUCUUCAGAAUUACUUGGUGUUUCAUGAACUUACACCUUGGCUUGGCUCCGCGAUAUUAAAGUUGCAGUUCCUGACAUGAGAUUGAAGCUAGAGAUCUGUAAGAUUCUGGAACAUUUGGCAGGUAUUUUCACUUAAGCCGAAGCUGCUAAAAUGAUGAGAAGUCUUGUUAUCCAGCUACAACUGUGAUCUGAAGCCUAUUGACUCAGUAUCAUCAAUGCACUCUCUUCGCUACAUGACCAGCCACAUUCUGGCCUUGCCGCUGAGAACGAUGGAGCAAAGCAAAAAGCUGAAAUGCACCCUACACAUGCUGGCCUAUCUGGAUUACUUGAUCCUGAUCGCCGCUGUGUCGUCGGGCCUGUAUGCUUGCUGGAUUCGAACUGGGGACAUGAUGCUGGUGGUGAUCGGGGCCUGCGGCCUGUUUCUAUUCGCCUUCUGCGGGAUGCUGUAUUACUACUUUGGCUUAGUGGAUAUCAGUUCCAGUUUCACGCAUCUCUGGUGUGGCUGCCUGCUUGGAGUGAUAUCGUUCAUCAGUAUCAACCCCAGUCAGGCAAUGGAGACGCCUUUUACUGUGACGAUGGCGAUGCUGCUUACUAGCAUGACCAUCAAGGUCUUCUGGUCUUUGGUGCAGCGUGUGUGCGGACUAGUCACCUACACCUCUCAACUCCUGAGCCACGUGGAGAUGUUUGAACUGCUGGGGUUUGCCGUGGCGUGCACGCUGCGCUCCAAGACCAUGUACUCCAUGUGGCUCAUGGUGUUCGCCUGUGCGUUCACACUGAUAACCGUUCGGCUCAAAACACUCCUUGCCUUGCCUUGCCUCGUAACCUUUGUAGUCAUAUCGGUAGUGUCUUUCUUCAACACCGUCAAUCUUUCUUUCAAUAUUUUUGCGCUGCUUUGCUUCGCUGUCCGCCUCUUCGCAGACCCGUUUUUGGAUCUGUACUUUUGUAGCCUGUCCACCAUGGAGCGCUGGGACGUUGUCUUCAGCACCCACCGAUGGUUCCGUAAAAUCUUCAUCCUCCUGAUUCUCAUUUUCGAGAUCGUUUUCUUCGCGCUGGCUGGAGAGUCCACCGUCUACCACAAGGAGUGGUACUUUGCCGUCCCAGCGUUUAUCAUCUUUGGAUUCUUGUGGGUCUGCCUGCAUAUCAUCCUCGUGGUCACCAGUUGGACUUUCACCAACAAGCUGACCGAGUGUGUCCAAGUCUACCUUGGAAUGCAAGGGGAGUCCAACAAGAGUCUAGGGAUGGUCAUGGCUGCCCGCGGAAUGCGCUACUUCGCCCUGAUCUCUCGCAAUCUGGUCCUGACCACGUUUGUCACCACGCUGCUGUUGGGGGGAGUGUCUUGGCAGGAUAACAAUGCAGCCUUCAUGGCAAGCUGGCUGGUGGUGCUUCCCAUAGAGAGCAUGCUGCAUGGGGUACUGUACGAGCUUGGGAGUACCCUUGGGGGAACGUGCACUGGUUAUGCCGUAGUAGGCCCUUCAGCAUUUUGCAGAACUGACGGGUCCCCGGUUCUAAUCCCAGCCUCCAGCAUGGAAGAAGUCAACAGCCGCUCCAUCGGCCUCCUGAACACCAUGCAGCGAUUCUUCCUCUACCACAUGAUUGACGUCUUCAGCUGCGAUUUCUCCACCAGCGGUCUGGCCCUGGCCACCCUCAAGACCAAGAUGCGGUCCUUCUUUGCCCGGCAGCUGCCGGACGGUCCGCGGUUUGACACCUACCUGGUCUACUACAGCGGCCACGUGCAGCCAAACGGGGACUGGGCUUUGGCUGACAAUGAUGUCUUCAAAUUCGAGGCCCUCAUGGAGCUAUGGGAGGAAGCCAGCCUGAAGGACUCCCAGUCUCGUCUCAUCUUAGUCCAAGACACCAACGGCACCUCAGGCUGGUUCAAACAGAUCGCCAGAAACCACCACCACGUCCUCGCCAUGCAGACCUGCAUCCUGGGCAAGUCCAGCGACCCUGAAGCCAGUCAGUCCGUGGGGGACUUCACCCACGAGUGGGUGGACUGCAACUGCUCGCCCGAGCAGAGCUCAGGCACGUGGAAAGAGGAAGGCCGGAAGAUCAAGGCGGUCUACGCGGUCUCACGCCCGUGGAGCGAGUUCGAGUUCCACCGGCCUACAGAGGAAGACAUAGAGCAGCACUGGCAGCAGGGUUUCCCUCGACUGACCCAUCCGCUGAUCAGGAUCCUGAGGAUUCCCAGCUCGCUGGAUCUGUUCAGCUACUGCUUCCGCUGCUGGAAUUGCUUGAAGCGUUGGAAGAUGAAAUGGCUGCCCCCUUAUGUCAUCAACACGGGGCACGGCUUCAAGCUGGUCAGGUCAUGACAUGGAUGAAGAACGUAGGUCCAGAUAGUCUUGCGCUGUUUUAAGCUGUGUCUGACUAAGGGCAUUUUUUGUCUACGUAUAGUUAUGCAUAUUCAAUGUUACAGAUUAGUCUCCAAAAUGUGAGCCAUAGUGGGAAAACAAAGACAAGUACUGAGUCUUGUUCCACAUCUAGUGUUCAUCUUGUUCACCUUUUUUUUUCAUCAGCAGAAAAAGAUAAAUCACAACAGUAGGCCAACCAAGUGCAUCAAAUUGGCAUUUUUCCUCGUUAUUGUGAACUUGCUCUAAGCCUGCCAUGUUUUCGUAUACAUGGUAAAUCCAAGUGCUUUUGGUCCGAGUAAAAAUGUAACAUCAAAUUUACACUUGCAAACUUUUACUGUUAAGUGUCUUUUUCUGUGAUUCAGACUUUCACACAAGGUAGAUAAAAAAGGAACACCCCUCCCCCUUGUUUCUGUUCAGUGCAAUUUGUUUUUUUUUAUAACAAAGUCCAAUUGCAGCCAAUUUUGCAAGAUUGACUAAUGUGUUUUAAAUGGAUCAUUCAAAUAGUGGGAAUACAAUUUGCCUGAUGUGCAGGUCCCCUCACAGCAUCCAAACUUUAUUGCUUCAAGCAAUUUUUACCGAAGUGUAUGAAACACUUUUGAACAGUGCAUCGAAACCUGUUAGCAUCUCGGAGCUACAUGUAUCUGUGCCUUGAGGCUAAAUAGCAUAACCUGAAAUGGUUGGUCAAAAGGCAUUGACUUAAAAGUCUCUUUUUUUCUUCAUUAAAGUACAGUAAAAGA